GUAGUAUAUUCUUAUACAUACGUAAAUAAAGAACCGUUUACCACUUUACCUUCUGGUUCUUCUUCGGUCCAACUUCAUCCAAAUAUACUAGUACAAUAUACUCAAUUCCUCUAAUAAUAUUCCUGUACUGUAUUUUUCUAUCUCUCUCAUAGCUCCUCAACCCCUCCUUGGCACCAUAUACAAUUGCAUGUUUACUGUCUCUCAUCAUCAUCACCAUCGACAUUUUCAUCAUCGAUCAUCAUCAUCAUCAUCACCGUCAUCAUCAUCGUCUUCCAUUUCAAUUUCAUCAAGAACAAGAUGGUAGAACAGUUAAUUGCUAACAAAUAUUCAUCAGAACUAGACGCAGAAUCAACCAGUACCAGUUCAUACUCAAUAACUUGUAGUAGCAGCGAUCGCGACCUUCUUCAUUCUCCCGAAAAUUUCUCCCUUUUAAAACCACACCGAUCUUCCGACUCCGCCUUCGAAGCCAUUGUCGCCGCCUCUAACAUCUCCGGAGACAACCGUCGAUUAACCAUUUCGGAUUUCAAGAUCAUUCGUCAGAUCGGUGCUGGUGAUAUAAGCACUGUCUAUCUGUGUCGGCUUAGAUGCGAUGAGUCUUGCGACUAUGCCAUGAAAGUGGUGGAUCGAGAAGCAUUGGCUGUUAAGAAAAAGACUCAGCGUGCGGAGAUGGAGAAGAAGAUACUUAAAUUGCUUGAUCAUCCUUUUUUGCCUACUUCGUAUGCUCAGUUUGAUGCUUGUCAGUUUUCUUGUAUUGUUAUGGAGUAUUGUUCUAAUGGUGACUUGCACUCCCUCCGUCAUAAACUCCCUUUCAACCGAUUUUCUCUCUCCUCAGCCAGGUUUUACGCAGCUGAAGUACUUGUGGCAUUGGAAUAUCUUCACAUGUUGGGUAUCAUCUACAGAGACUUAAAACCCGAGAACGUCUUGGUUAGAUCCGACGGUCAUAUCAUGCUCUCUGAUUUUGACCUCUCCUUUUUUUCUCAUUCAAUCCCAGCCCUUUAUUCUCCUCAUCUUUCUUCCCUUAUUCCCCACCAUCUCAUCAAUCAUACUAAUAACAACAACCAUCAUAACAAAAUUAAUAAUAAUAAUAAUAAUAAUAAUAAUAAUACUCCAUUAUUUUCCUGCCUUCCUUACAAAUGCCUUUUCCGUUCCAAAAAAAUACAAUCCCUCACAGCUUCAGCUUCGGCUUCGGCUUCGGCUGGAAGCCGGCUAUUCGUAGCCGAGCCGAUUAGCGCUAGAUCAUGUUCAUUUGUUGGGACCCACGAAUAUAUUUCCCCUGAAGUAGCAUCAGGUAACUCCCAUGGGAACGCCGUUGAUUGGUGGGCAUUUGGGAUAUUCAUCUACGAGUUGAUUUAUGGACGGACACCAUUUGCGGCUGCAUCAAACAUAGCUACACUACGGAACAUCUUAAUAAAACCCUUGACCUUUCCAACUCAUACACCUUCAUCCACGUGUGAGUCACACGCUCGGGAUCUGAUUUCUAUGUUACUAAAAAAAGACCCGUUUAGUCGACUUGGGUCAAGUCGUGGAGCUGCUGAUGUAAAGACCCACCCAUUUUUUAAAGGGUUGAAUUUCGCGCUAGUCAGGUCACUUACGCCUCCUACUAUGUCGUUUAAGGAUAUAUCAAGAAAGGAAUCAACGGUGUUUGAUGAGUUCUGAUUGAAUGGUCAGAUUGUCGCCACGUCAGAUUGUCGGUCCCGCUGUAUAUGGGGACAGUGACAGUUCGGUGGGGACAGUUGUAUAUUCGAACUGUGGAGUAGACUAGAGAGAGAAUAAUGCUCUGUACUUAUUUUAUUUGUUUAAUUUAUUAUUUAUUGGGGGGAGUAUAAUUAAUUAAUCAUUAGGUGUAGUGUAGGGUUUGCAGGGGGAUUCAGAUGGGAAGAAUGUAUGUAUACAGACUACAGUAUACUCAUAUGUACUUGACGUGUAACGUGAGUUGAAAGAUUAAUUAUGAAGGAAUGUGUCCGUAGACAUUUCCGACAAUUACUAAAUAUAAAUAUAUAGGACAUUUAUGAAGAUAAUAAACUUAAUUAUUAUUAGUAAUUGUAUUUGCUUGCUAGAGAAUAAAUAUAAUUGGUGGGUCAAUAAUAAUUGGACCACAACUAAUAUAAUUAAUCCUAUAAGGUCUUACAAAAGAAUCAAUUGAACGAUAAAUAACUCAGGCCCAUUAGGAGUAUGGACUUGCGAUCCAAUUAGGUUAACAAAAGAAUCGGUUUUUUUUUACCUAGGUUACUAGUAUUAUAUGAGGAUAUAAUGCUAUGGAGAAGUGGGGAUAAUGAGGGUGUGAGUAUUAAUGAUAUUUUUAAUUUAAAUUCUCACUCUCAAUUAUUCACACACACACAGAAACAAAAACCAGUAAAAGCAAGAGAAACAAUACUCUUCCGUUCUAGCAAACGUUGGUAUUCAAUUGAUUCUGGUAGACUGAAUAGAGGAGCAACGUUUGAGGCUCUCCAGAUUAUCUUAUUGCGUUAAUUUUAUGGAUUUCACGCUACAAAGGUAAUAUAGACUAAUCCUUUUAUAUGAUUCAUGUGUCUGAUUAUGUUUAUGAUCCUGAGAUAGAUGUUAGAGAAGUGUUUCCUGAAAUUCCGCUUUAAGCAUUUAUGAAUCCCAACAAAUUAAAGUAAAUUAUCAUGAAUUUCGUGGUAAGGAUAGAAUGAAGAAGGGAUACGAUGUAGAUGCAUGUAAGUGGAAGGUGCUACUCUAACCAAUUAUAACCAAAUUUUGAAAUAGACUAAAAUAAAAUAUACUCCUCAAAAUUCGUGGAAUAAAAUGAAUACAAUUAUACAAGUUCAUUUAUUUAUUACUUAUUAGUUCCUACACAAAUUUUUAUUUGAAACCGUCUUUAUAAAAGACGUCUCAAGUUUAGGCCAGUUCAAUUUUUAAA